CAAACGUGGCAAGUCAGCGGAUGUGUCCCUGGUCAGCGCCCUUGUCCUGAAGCCGGCGCCUCUCGUCUCCUCCUCCUCAUGCCGAGGAGGCGAGGAGAGGAGCACGAGAUCUCUCUCUCUCUCUCAACCCUACCCGAGCUCGUCCCUCCGAUCCAUCCAAACCCUAGAUCCUCUGCGAGGGCCAGCUCCAGCUCCCGCUCCCGAGCCGAGGUGCGGCGGGGUGGAGGAGUAGGACGAGGCGGCGUCGUUCUCCCGGGAGGGGAUCCGUCCCUCGCCCGUUGCAGCCAUGGCGGCGGCCUCCUCAAGGAUGGCGGCCGCGUUCGGGGCCCCGUUCCUGUGGCUCGUCUGCCUGAUCUACUUCAUCCAGGGUUUCAGGUCUUUUGUCUGGACAGCUGUCUCAUACCAAAUGAAGGACAUGAUGAAAUUGUCACCAUCAACAUCACAGUUUUUGGUCUCAGUUGCAUAUUUCCCUUGGAGCAUAAAGCCUGUAUAUGGGAUUUUGUCAGACUGUAUUCCAAUCAAGCAGAGGAAGCGUACCCCCUAUUUGAUCAUCUCUAGCUGUCUAUCUCUAUUCCCAUGGAUAAUCCUUGGUAUGUCAGAACCUUUGAGGAGCUCAAGCAAUUUUCUUACUGCUUUGCUGAUAGUGCAGAACUUGGGAUCUGCCAUGGCGGAUGUUGUUGUAGAUGCAAUGAUUGCAGAAGCAGUUCGAUCAGCAGGGCCAGAAUUUGCUGGUGAUCUCCAGUCAUUAUCUUGGUCAUCAAUGGCAGUAGGAGGGAUUUUUGGGAGCUUAUUGGGGGGAUAUGCGCUAUCCAAUCUCCCAAUACAUGUUAUAUAUAUUAUUUUUUCGGCUCUUCCAUUGUUUCAACUAAUUUCCUGCAUAUUCGUUGAGGAAUCUCCAAAAGGAUUUGAGAGUACAGUAGAUAAUGCUGCACCUAAGCAUGUUGUGGAUCAAACUGUUGAUACUUCUUCACCUGGAAAAGGCUUGAGUGAAUCAUAUAAAUAUGAAGGUACUAGAAGGCGGAAAGGAGCUAGGAGAAAUAGUAAAAGGAAAUCAUUGUCCAAACGACCUGAGGACCAUGAUAAGAACAACAAGUCAAUUAAUUCAAGGCCAUACUUGUCUCUGAAAUCAGCAUUCUUCAGUUUAUGCACAGCAUUUAAGCAACCAACUAUUUUACGACCUAUGGCAUGGUUUUUCUUUUCGAACGUAGCAAUUCCAAAUAUCUCAACAGUCAUGUUCUACUAUCAAACAGAAGUCCUACACUUGGAGGCAUCCUUUCUGGGGACUGCACGUGUGAUUGGGUGGUUCAGUCUAAUGCUUGGCACAUAUAUCUACAACCGCUAUUUUAAGCACAAAAAACUCAGGAAUAUUCUCAUGUUUGCACAUAUUGGUCUUGCCAUAAUUAGUGUACUGGACAUUCUUUUGGUAUUACGGUUGCAUGUUCACUAUGGAGUUGCAGACAAAUACAUGGUCUUGUGGGGUUCUGCUUUGGCUGAUGCAAUCAACCAGUUCAAGAUGAUGCCGUUCCUUAUCCUCUCUGGGCAGCUUUGCCCUCCUGGAAUUGAGGGAACAUUGUUCGCUCUGUUCAUGUCCAUCAACAACCUUGGUUCGACUUUAGGUUCAUUCUUGGGAGCUGCUCUGGCGUCAGCUUUAAGCAUCUCAUCAGCACAAUUCGACAAUCUGGCACUCGGCUUAGUUGUACAGCUAAUUGGCACUCUCCUACCAGUUGGAUUUUUGUUUCUGAUACCAAAGGAAGUUACAGGGCUAACGUCGUAGGAAGAGGGAUGCACAUACCUGACCAUACAAUUUUACCGCAUUGGUUUCUGCUCCGGAGUACUAAUUCUACAUUUUCAUGCUUACGUAAAGCAAAUUAAGUUACUAAGUUAGUCAAUUUUGUUGAAAGAUGUAUACAUUAAUAUGAGCAAUUUUACCAUCCUUGAGAAGGUACCAGGAGAUACUACUGUUUUUUAUGUAAAAUUUGGUAUCUCUUC